UACCGAUAGGAGACCGACGAAUAGUACUUCCCGCCGAAACGUCUUUUGUUACCGAAAUGACUCGAAAUCCUAAACAUUAUUAAGAUGGCCGAAAGAUGGGAUGAACCACAGCGGAAAAAAUCACGACACGACACAAUAUUCAAUAAGUUCCAUUCAUCAGCUGAUAAAUCAUUCCUUUGCAAGUCGUUUAGACAACUUUGUGAUGAUCGUAUUAAUUCUCUUGUAUCUCUUGAAAUUAGCUACUGCGAUGCAGCUGCUGAAUUUGGAAAGCCAUUUUCUAGGGCAACGUGCCAUGGAAAGCCAGUUAUUAAAGAGCUUUAUCCCUUUGCAAGUAUCUUCCUAAGAGGUGUUAGAACUUUAAAAAGCAUUUUAAAAGAUGAUUAUCACACGCCUUGCAAUGAAGAAGAUGUAGGCCAAAAGCUGCUGACUCCAUUGUUGAAAUAUCUCUUUGAUGAAAAGUCUCAGGAGUGUCUAAUAGCAAAUCACAGUGAUGAGAAUGAGACACAAGUGAUGAUAAGACUGGCUACUCAUUACUUCUCAAAGCUGUCAGUGUCAAAAAGUUUUAUCAUGGAUAAGAAUGCAUCCGAUAAAGGAAGAAAAUGCUCUUGUUGGAAUUCAGAGAAUGACUUCUUGGAUUAUUUUGGUGACACGUCAAUUGGUAAGUCAGACUUAAUACUAAUUGCGGCUUUAUUCUUGGAAUAAAAAUGAUCAUCCAUG